AUGGGUACGACCGAAGCCGUGGACGAAGCCAGGAAGGUUACCACAGCGGGCGUGAACGACAUGGAAGUCGUGUACGCACAAGCGAGCGCAAUCAAAGCGCGUACCGUGGAAGCGAUUACUCCCGUCACAGAGGCAGUUCCCAAGACGCCAAGUAUGGUUGGCCCAGAAACGACCAAGGAACCCCUCCGGCGCAAGCAAUCGAUCGUAACGCGGGAUAUCAAGAUUCGGGCACGAAACAAAACACGAACGAAGCUGGGGCACUUGCACUCGUGGGACAGCCUGAAGGAGAGCUUCCUCCCAACUUCCAUGUGCAGCAGUGGACUACGGCGGCGAAUGGAGAUCAUGCCUGACCAUUCGCAUUACCAGCAACACGGUCGAAUUGCACACCCGGUGCAGUGCCUGUUUUGCGGUGACCUUGAGCGCCUGCAUCAUUUGAAGGACUGCCCCGACAUCGACCAAGACGGCAUUGACCGAAUCAAGUGGGUGUGGGGUUGGCGAAUGUGUGGCUACCUGCGCAACCCUAAAUUCCAGAAGUACGCGAAGAAGACAGCGCAGAUGCGAAAGAAGAUGGGCAAGAAGUUCUACCGCAUCUACAUGCCCGACGAUGCCGUGAACAUGGCAACCCUCAACGGCGUACUGGAUGUACCGUUUUGUGCCGACUCUGGAAGUGAUGCGAACAUCAUUUCUGAAGAAAUGCUGGAAGCAUUGAAGACAAAGACAGAAGUUGACGUGCCGGUGUAUGCGGACGUGGCGGCAAACCUGCGCAUCCGUCUGAGCACUGCAGCUGGACCUGUUAACCUACCAGGUGUGCAAAUAUGUUACGUAAUCAGCCGCAGCGACUCAUUGCUCGUCUCGCGCUAUGCGUUGCAGUCCAUCGGGAUCAACAUGAACCACUUAUUGGAACACGUGGCUCACCACCAAAGUCAUGAAGACGGUGAUGACGUGGGUGAACCCGACGAAGACGAAGACAUUGCCUUCGGGGUGCCGACUCGUCGUUUGCAAGGUGGUGAACAAAACCUCGACAAACUCGAUGAAGAUGCCGCAGUGUCACAUUGUCAUGUAAACUGUUGGGAUGCCGACUCGCAUGUUUGA